CAGCCACAUACUUAAAUGUGCAGGGAGCGCAGAGAGACAGCAAAGGGUAAGACCAGCUCUUGCUCAGCCUACGACUGGAGUCUGAGGUCAGGUUCCAAUCCCAGCUCCAUUCCAGCUUUGCUGAUCUAUCAGAAGACCUCUGAGCCCAGAGUGUUUUCAUCUUUGAGGGAUUUACGUGAAGCCCAAGACCCCAUAGGUCCUGGUCUCCCUGUGCUGGGCCUGAGGAAACAGGAGAUGAACGGCACCAGAAUGCUGGGAGUGUCCCUGGCAGAGAGCUCUGAUGGACAGUCGGGGACGAGCACCACCCUCAAGGACUGGAAGGAGAAGGAAGGAUGCCCUGGAAGCUCGUUGUUGACGGAUCUCAUCCCUCUGGGAACUGAGGAAUCUGCCAUGGAGGUGGUCUUGAAGAAGAUCCGGGAGCUCUCUGAUUCGGACCAACGGGACCCCUUCAUGGUGGCCGACUUGGGUGUGUUGGCCAGCCGCCAUCAGGCUUUCUGCCAGGCCCUGCCAAGGGUCUCGCCCUUCUAUGCAGUGAAGUGUAACAGCAGCCCCUGGGUGCUGCGUGUCCUGGCUGCCCUGGGCACCGGCUUCGACUGUGCCAGCCAGGUGGAGCUGGAGCAGGUGCUGGGCCUGGGCGUGGCCCCCUCACGCAUCAUCUAUGCCCACCCCUGCAAGCCCAUCUCCCACCUGCAGUAUGCUGCCCGCCAUGGGGUGCAGCUCCUGACCUUCGACAGUGAGGAGGAGCUGACCAAGGUGGCCCAGCACCACCCUGGGGCCAGGCUGGUCCUCCGACUGUGGACCGAGGACAGCAAGAGCUCAUUCCCUCUGAGUGCCAAGUUUGGGGCCAGCCUGGAGCUGUGCGGACACUUGCUCAAGUCUGCCCGAGACCUAGGCCUGGUUGUGGUGGGAGCCAGCUUCCACGUGGGCUCUUCCUGCCAGGAUCCACACAGCUUCACACAGGCCAUCGCCGACUGCCGGCGCAUGUUCGAGAUGGGCCAUGGGGUCGGGCAUGACAUGAGCCUCCUGGACAUUGGAGGGGGCUUCCCCGGAGUGGAGGGCUCUGAGCCGGAGUUUGAGGAGAUGGCGAGAGUGAUCAAUGCUGCCCUGGCCCAGGACUUCCCCGAGGGAGCCGGCAUUGAAGUCAUUGCGGAGCCCGGCCGCUUCUAUGUGGCAUCUGUCUGCGUGGCCGCGGUCAACAUCAUCGCCAAGAAGGCUGUGCUGCAGCCUGGAGGCCACCGGAAACUGUUGUACUAUCUCAACGACGGCCACUAUGGCAACUUUGGAAUGAUCCUCAGGGAGGGUUUUCCCAGGAUGCCAAUUGUGGUGAAGGAGCUCUGCUCAAAGCCGCCCCUCUUCCCCUGCAUCCUUUAUGGUCCCACGUGUGAUGCCUUUGACAAGCUCUUCAAUGAGGAAGUGCAGCUGCCUGAGCUGGACGUGGGUGACUGGCUCAUCUUCCCCUCCAUGGGCGCCUAUAGUGCAGUUCUGAGCUCCACCUUCAAUGGCUUCCUGCCUGCCUCCAUCUGCUACAUCGUGGGACCUAAGCUCAGGAGCCUGCUUCAGACAGCGCCUUAAGCUGGGACAUGGCAGAAUGGAAUGGUUCCAGACACUUGCUUCACCUGAUGUGACUUCUCCGAUCCUCAGCUCCUGCAAAUGAUCCUCGGCAUCCACUAUAGUCAUCCCCACCAAUCUCACUGCUGCCUCCACACUCAGCUAAGACCAGGGGUAUUCUCCAACAUCCUUGUGCUGAAGACAUCUCAGCUCCAGACAUCAGAGGAGAAAGGAUGGGCUGCAGAUGCCAUCGACGGAAGCCAGAGGGCUCUAGCAGCCUUCAGAUCCUGUGUUACUCAUUCGUCUACUCCCAGAUUCUGAAUUUUAAGCUAUAAACAACUACACUUAUCCCCCCCAGAGGUGUCUGGAAGAGCAAAUAUGAGUUGGCUUUAGGUAAAAAUAAAAUUACAUUUAUAUGCAAGAA